AUUUGAUUAACUACAUCUAUUGUUCUACAGCACUGGAAAGCUAAACACGAGUUUAACUCCCAUCUUUGGAAGCCUAUUUCCUGUCUAUGCUAAAUCUAGAGAGUAAAAACAACAAGGGAGGAGUGAAAAAUGAUACAGUCUGAGCUGAAUACCAUAGGCGUGGUUCUUAAUUCUUUUCUCAUGCACUCAAGGGUCUUUGUGCCUGAAACUCUAUCUUCUUUCGUUUUCGAAUGAACAAAGUAGAUCUUAUGCUUAUUUAAAUUAUAGUUUAGCAGGUCGUGGUUUAUGGUAGAAGUACUUGAAUAUGGUGACGAUCAGCACUGAUACUGAGGAGAGCUUGAGAGAAAAAAUGGAGAAUCAGAAACCAAACACACAACUGCUACAAGACGUGUUGUGUGAUUCCUGUAUGGAGACCCCGAGCAAAGCGCUCAAAUCCUGCCUGACGUGUCUGGUUUCCUACUGCAAAGCCCACCUCAGACCCCAUCUGGAGAAUGCCAAAUUUCAGAACCAUCGUUUGGUGGAUCCACUCCAUGACACUGACCGUCAGACCUGUGAGGUUCAUCAACUUCCCCUCGAGAGCUUCUGUUUUCUGGAUGGCUGCUGCAUCUGUGCGGAAUGCGAGGGUCAGGAGCACCACGGGCACGAGACAAUAUCUGUGGAGGAAGCUCGAGGAAACAUUGAGACUGAACUCCUGCAGAAACAACAGAAAAUCACUCAAACUGUCUCAGAUGUAGAGAAAGUGAUACUAAAAUUACAAAGCAAUGGCGUUUUAAUUAAGUCUUCAGUACAGGAGCUGUGUGUUAUGGUUGAAGAGCAGUUCACCAAGCUGCAGAAAACUGCAGAGGAGGCCAGAACCAGGGUGGAGGCGGUGCUGAAAGGACAGCAGAACCAAGCUCUGAGACAAGUAGAGGGCAUACAGGCACAUCUGGAGCAGAAGAGGGUCGAGAUGAUGAAAACUGCAGCCAAGAUGAACAAACUGUCUAAGAGCAAAUCUGAUGUUGAUUUUCUAAAGGAUUACACAGAGUGGGGAAAAAGAUUGCCAGAUGUAUGCAUCCCCACUGUGCACAUCAGUCGACUGGACCAUUUACAACAAUGCGUUCAAGCAGUGACUGAUGUAACUCAGGAGCUGUGUGGCCUGAUUUUGGACUCCUACAGUGAAAAAAUUAGCUCCAUCUGCAAAAGUGGUGCUAAACACUUCAUGCAAGAGUGUGCGCCAUCUUCUCUGCCUGAUCCUGUGAACCAGGAGGACUUUUUGACAUACACAACGAGAUUGACCUUUGACCCUGACACGACUCAUCAUUUUCUACGUCUGACAGCGGACAACCGAAAGUUAACCAACACCAGCCCCUGGCAACACAGCUACCCUGACCACCCCAGUCGAUUUAAAUAUUGGCGUCAGGCCUUGACAUUGGAGAGCCUCUACUUGGGGAGAUAUUACAUUGAGGCAGAGCUGAGUGGGGAGGGCGCCCACAUUGGAGUCACUUACAAAAGCAUAGAUCGUAAAGGAGAGGAAAGCAGUAGCUGCAUCACUGGGAAUGAUUUUUCUUGGUGCGUUGGAAGAAACAACAGAGGUUUCUCUGCCUGGCAUGCUGGGGAGGAGACUUCUUUGGAAGUCUCAGAAGUCACCAAGGUUGGCAUAUAUCUGGACUUUCAACGCGGCUCAGUGUCUUUCUACGAUAUAACAGGCCCUAUGAUGCUACUCUACACAUACAUUACUGACUUCAUAGAGCCCCUAUAUGUUACGGCCUGGCUGUCAAAGAAAGACAAUGUUGUGACUCUGGUUCAUGCAAAAUGACGGCAACACGUUUUCUGCUGAGUUAUAAAUAUCUACGGAGGUUUCAUAAUACGGGCAAAAAUGUAGUGUGUCAGUGGCAGGUAAUUCACAUGCAUGUCAACGAAUGAGAAAUUUAUAACCACCUUGUGCAUAAUCUUGUAAACAUACGAGUCAUAUACAUCAGUGGAUUGUUUCAAAUCUUCUGCAGCUUUAUUGCUGUUUUACUGCCAUGGAAUGUAAUGUAAAUAAUGGGGAGAGAGCCAAACACAAUAACUCACAAUGUCACUUUUUCUCUUUAUAUUUUGCUUUAAUUAAUUAAACUCCUUGUACAGCACUAUUACAUGAUCAGUUUGAUAAUACUAAAAUCUAUGAUCAUUCUGUAUAUUUUAAGUGCAUGCUUACAUUUAAUCAGGAAACUGUGUGAAAAAUCUACUUUAAACUGUAAAGUCGGUUUCAUUCUCAUCAUACGCUGGAUUCACAAAAUGAACUCCGGUCUGUGUGAUGAUGAUGGAAUCGGUGCUGCUCACACCGGGAAUGUUACUUAGCAUGUCAGGCUUAUCAAAUAUCGGGUUGUCAAAUCCACGGUCAAUGGCCCCAUUGAGGUCGUCAUCAACGUUGAUGUUCCUCUUGAAGAGGUUUAGAGUUGGCAAUGAGGGCAUUGCAGGCAUUGAGGGCAGUGGAGGCAUCUGUACAACUCCCUUACGGAUUAGCACAACCACAAUCACUACAAGUGCAAUCACAAGUAAAACUCCACACACAGCUCCAACCACAGUCCCUGCAUUGCUUCCAGGCUCACUACUUGCUUGAAUGUCAGCUCCUGUUAUUCCCAAUUUGGAGCCAUGAACUUUGAUAUCUUGGAUCAUGUCCUGAGCCAGAGCUUCUGAUAGCUUCCCUGUCUCUCCAUCCAGAAUAACGACCUGUAUUUCAGGGGAUGAUCCAUAGGGGAUUAUUCUCAUCAAUUGCUGUGGCUUCAAGACUUUAGACAUGCCCAGCUGAAUGGACUUGUAUUGUGGAAGUAUGAGAAAAAGGUGACGGAUUCGUUCUCUGUAGUUCUGCAGGUUGAAGCCAUCAGUAUAAUGGAUGGUAACAACGGCACCACACACCUCACAGCAGUGUCCAACAGGAAGCAGGGGGGUCUCACACCUCAAAGAGCCACAGGUUACUGCACUGCAGAUACGUUCAUGAUUGACAGAGUUCCCACAGUCACAGCCAGUAGGAUCCCCACAACCUGGGUUGCCAACGGUGACAGCUGAUGACCCAUGAAACUGCAGCUGCCCUGAAUCUGAGCUUAGAUACUCUGAGAACUCAGAUUUGCUUUCAAAUACCUUUCCCAGCACAGACAAAGAUUUGACAGGGAUGGUGUUCUGGUUGGAGCUGGUGUCCACGCGGAAGGAGGAGAGGGCUUUGAACACAACAUCAUCCUGCUGACAAGGGACCAUCUCUUCAUGCACAGAGAAGAGGAAAUUUCCGUCCAGCAGGUCGUUCUGAGUGGCAGCUGUUUGCCACAGAGUUGGAUUAAGCCAUUGCAGAGCCUCUGAGUUUUUGAACUUGGUCUUCACUCCUGUUCCACAAUCUGGGUCCUGUCCGGCGACAACAUAAAAACCAGCUCCCGAAUUCAGAAUAAUCUCUCCAUCCAUCGGUAGCAUCAUCUCCUGCACGGCGUGAUUGGUCUCCACAAACACAGACACCUUCCUCUGAGAUGAAAACUGGACUAUGUCACUGCCACACGGAACAUCUCCUUUAUCCCAGUUGGUCUUAUUCUCGUAGUUGGUAUUAGGAAUCCACUGUUUGUAAAGGGCAUUUGCUGCCCCAGCAAAACAGAGGAUAAGUAGCACUUGUGGCAUUUUCGACAUCUUGAAUAUUUGUGGCAGUGGAAGGAAAUUUUUUUGACCUUUGAGUCCAACCUUGUGACAAACAUGAGACCAGCUCCACAUACUGCUAAAGUUCAUGAGCUCAUCCUGUUCAGGAGCAGGUGACCUGUCAAUAUUUACACCUUCUGAUGUGACACUCCUGCAAUAUGAACACCCAUCCAAACUAUCCUUAAGCUCUUUUUUCUGUGGUCAAAACAACUUGUAAGAAGGUUGAAAUAAUAUGUAACAUUUUAAAAGACUAAAUUAUGGCUUUAGGUUGCUUAUUUUCUGCUUUUCACAAAGAAAUAAAUAAUAAUAGUUAGCAAUAUAGGUUUAAUAAAUAAAAAGUUGACACUGGAGGUAAUGUGCAUUUUUGCAAAGAAUAUGACUUUUCAUGACUACAUUAGCCAAAAAAAUCCAUUAUUUAAUUAUAAAUCAGAAUAAACUGGACAUAAAGAUGAUCCUACUGUAACUACUUUAACUAUUCUGACUGAUCUGCAACAUAAAAC